GAACCCAAGCAAUUCAUUCUUCUUUCCCGAGAUCUCCCACUCGCCUCCCCGCGUCGCCGUCGAACCCACUCCGCCGCUCCGUCGCCGGCAGCGCCCCCCUCCCGCGAUGGCCACCCCCGACCUCCUCUUCAACCUGCGCAACCUCUUCUACCUCGGCGCCUACCAGUCCGCCAUCAACAACAGCGACGUCCCGGGCCUCGACGCCGACGCCGCGGCCGAGCGCGACGUCAUCGUCUUCCGCUCCUACAUCGCCCUCGGAUCCUACCAGCUGGUGAUCAGCGAGAUCGACUCGUCGGCGGCGACGUCGCUGCAGGCCGUCAAGCUGCUCGCGCUCUACCUCACCGGAGACAAGGAAGGUGCGAUCUCCAGCCUGAAGGAAUGGUUGAGUGAUUCAGCUAUAGGAAGCAAUCCUGUUCUGCGAUUGAUUGCUGGAAUUAUAUUUAUGCAUGAGCAAGACUACAAUGAGGCUCUCAAGCACACACACACUGGGGGGACUCUGGACCUGCAUGCACUGAAUGUCCAGAUCUUCCUUAAGAUGCACCGGUCAGAUUAUGCUGACAAGCAACUGAAGAUCAUGCAACAAACCGACGAGGACCAUACACUGACACAACUAGCAAAUGCUUGGCUCGAUAUUGCUGUUGGUGGCUCUAAGAUCCGGGAAGCUUAUCUCAUAUUCCAGGACUUUGCUGAAAAGUACCCUAUGACUGGAAUGGUUCUUAAUGGCAAGGCAGUUUGCUGUAUGCAUAUGGGGAGCUUUGAGGAGGCUGAAACUCUAUUGCUUGAAGCCCUAAACAAGGAUGCAAAGGAUCCUGAAACUCUUGCCAAUCUUAUUGUAUGUAAUCUCCACCUUGGCAAACCGUCGUCACGAUACUUCAGCCAGCUGAAGCUGUCGCACCCUAAUCACGUGCUAGUUAAGACCACCACGUCAGCGGAGGAUAAUUUCGAGAGGGCACUCCAAGCCGUCGCCUGAAACACCCCUGCCUCAUUCCAGUUUGCGCAUUGAGCAUCCCCUGUUCCAUUUUGAAGUGCUUUAACAGAGUGAAUUGUAUUGGUUUUGCUUUAUAUUGUUCUGUGGUAACACACCGCUCGGCCAACCCUGUACUCAAACACAAACACCUGCUGUAUGAACGGAUAUAUAUGUAGAAUCUCCAAUCAUGGCAUUUGUUGUCAACAUCGGUAUCUUGUUAUGUUGUGCUGGCUAAUUCCUCCGCCAGCGACGUGUCUGGAUCAUGUAAAACAUCGUGCUCUCUGUGAUGCCUGUAUCCAUAUGCGCACGUCAUGUGAUUUAUGCGUG